AUGUCUUGGCUUGCAAAAGUGUCAGAUAUUGCUGGUCGUGCCGAAGAUUUGCUUAAUCAAAUUGAUCAAAAUGCUGCUAUUGCAUUAAGAAACACAAAGAAAGGUGCUGGUAAGUGUAAUUCAACAAUAGGUUUGAUUGAUAUUGAAGAGCAGAGGACAAAGAAAUUGGAAAAACCUCAAUCGGAAAUUGUGGAAACAACAGCUAAGCAUCACAUAAGAACAAGCCAUACAUAUUCGGUCUCAGGCCGAAUUCGUAACAAAAAAAAAGAUGAUGACUUGAUCGCUUAUUUGAAUAAUUCAAAUGAACCGACAUCGAGCCGCUGUUCUUCCGUAGCAAGCUGUUUUUCAGCACCAAAUCCUCACAUUGCAAAUACCAUUCAAACAACACCCGAACCAUAUACACCUGAAGAAUAUCUAAAGAUACAACAUUCAGAUACUUUGAGAUGUAUGCAUAUGAAAGAAAGUCAGAUAGCCGUGAUGUCUGUUCGACUCCAGGAAGCAGAAGAAGCUAAUAUCAAAAAAGAUGCCCAGAUAGCGGAACUCGGGAGAGAGCUGAAGUUAAUGAAGGAAGAACUAGAAGCAGGAAAUGGCGACAUGACGAAUGAUCAUUCAUCCACUUUGAAAAAACUCCAACGUGAGCAUAACAGAAAAAAAGAAGAAUUCGAGAAGCGAGAACAAGGUUAUGUGAAACGUUUGGAAUCAGCCAAUAAUGAAAAUUCGGAGAACGAAAAGGAACUGCAAGAACUGAGGGCAAAAAUCCUGAAAAUGGAAGUGAAUGAACAGAAUUUGACGGAAGAGAUAAGACUUGCGAAGUAUAAUCUAGAAGCGAACAAACAUGAAUUUGAUGAAUACAAACAAAGAGCCCAAAAGAUUCUGUCUGCAAAAGAAAAUCUUUUAACGUCUUUGAAGGAGAAUUCUUCCACUGGAUCAGAUGGUGUAGUAAACAGUGUCGAACUGGAAGAAUUGCGGUGUGAACUUGGUCUAUUGAAAGAUGAUCUUCAACAAUCACAAUUUGUCAUCUACAAUCUUAAGGGAGAUAUACAAGAAAUGGAAAAUAGACUACGUGAUGAACAGCGAGCUUCUGGAGCGCAAAGAGAAAACCUUUUAAAACAGAUACAUCACCAUUUAUCACAAGCAAACCAAUACAGGGAGCAGAUGGAAAGAACUCAGCUAGAAUACGAUUUUUUACAAGCGGAAAUGCGUAGGCAGGAGGAAGCGGUUGAAAGAAAACUUGCUGAAAAAGAUAUCGAAUUAGCAAAACUAAUGGAGGAAAAAAAAACGAGCAAACGAUAUGGAGCUGGCGAAAUGGAGCAAAAAAUUUCGCUUUUAAGUGAAAAGUUGAUUUCGAAGCAAACAGCUAUUGAAAGAAUUGAAAGCGAAAAAAGAGCACUCGAAUUGCGGCUUGAACGUGCUGAAUAUGCAUGCAGAAACGUUGAGACAGCUGCAGUUAAAGCAGUUACGAUUGAAAUGCGUGGAAGUGGUGCCAAUGCAAACAUUGAAAGUUGUUCGUUAUUUAAAGUUUCACAUUCGGAUAGCCUGCUUAUUCGCAUUGCUAAACUUGCAGUUUGCAUUUUUGAUCAUAUUGGGUUACGUCUAGCAGUAUUCAUGCGCAGCCCUAUGUUCCGUUUCUUUUUCUUCAUAUACUGUUUACUGUUACACUCAUGGGUAUUCUUUAUUCUAUUCACUUAUACACCUGAAAUACAUCCUCUCUGA